GUCCGACGACCACCGUCUACACGCCGACCCUUUCCGGCCCGCCACCGAAUCCGACACCGGCAGGGCCAGGGGAGGCGGGGGCGUGCUGGUUGACCGACGCCGUGCUGCGUCCGGAUGGCAGUGGUGGUGGUGGUGGUGGUUAUGGUGGUGGAGGGUGAAGGAGGCGCGCCAGGGGAAGAUGGCUGAGGCUGAGGCUGAGGUCGAGGCUGAGGUCGAGGACGGGAUGGAAAAUGGGUUGGAUGGGUGUCGUGCGGGUGUGGUGAAUGGGGAGAUGGAUAUUGGGGUGAAGGUUGGGGUUGGGUUGUUGUUGUUAUGGGAAAUGAUGGGUUUCCGGGUGGGGAUGGGGAUUGGUUUGGUCUGCGUUGUGGGCGUGGUUGUUGACGUCUUGUGUGGCUGUGGCGCGAGGGGGAGAGUUGAUUUGACGGUCGUGUGUUUGAGGCUGGUCGCUGGGGGGGUGUUAGAAAUUGGGCGGUCUAGGUUGUUGAGUCUGGGGCGUGAGAGGAGUAGAAGGCGACUUGAAUGGUGCACUGGACGAAAGAGACAAGAACAAGAACAUAGAAGGGGGGUCAGGAUUGAACAGGUGAUGGAAUGGACAUUGGCAAAAGGGGAUGACGGGAUCAGAAACAACCGGCCUGGGGAAAGAGCAUGGAUAUAGGGAUACACAUACCUAGUAUGCUGGCUUUGGGGCGAAGGGCCACGAAAAUAAGAGCUGCGCACACCAGGAGGGCGGUUACGGCCGC